CCCGAAGUUUUGACAUUUAAUUUCGGGAUACCCUGUAUAUUCAUUCAGUUGAUUUUAUUAUGAGCUCAUAGCUUUUUUUGUCAUCCUUGACGCACGCGAGAAGAAUUCACAAAUCGAUGACCUGCACGGUCUUGACUCUCGAUUAGAGCAAUGCCGCAAUCAAAUUCAAUUCAUUGUUAUCGUUUCUUCACGAGCUAUAUCUGUUCAUUUCUGAUUUCUCAGCCACAUAUUAUAUAAUAAAAUUAUAUUAUACAAAUAAACUUCUUCAAAUUUUACAAAUAAAAUAUAUGUACAAAUGUAGUUUUAUUUUAAGACGUAUUAUUAUAUUAAUCAAUAUCAAAUAAAACAAUAUAUUAUAUAAGGAAAGUUAACAGUAAGAAGAACUUAAAUCAUUAUAUUUAUUUAAUAUUUUACAUGGAUUUUGGUUUUACUUUUAAUAAUUUGAUUCUUACCAUACGCAUACGCAAGCACAUGUUUACAACAAAAAAAAAAGAAUUUGUCAAAAAUUUUGCACAGAUUUUCAUAUAAAAUUGCGUCUUAAAUAAUUCACGAUAAUAUAAUUUGCAAAUGUAAAAAUUUUACAAACGAAUCUUACGAAACGCAAAAAAUAUCAUCACUGAUUAAAGUUAUCCGAAAACUGAUUACGAAAUCCAACCUACGUAAUUGGCGGAAUUCAUGCGGUGAAUGAUAGCGAUAAUUGUCAGAGAUAAAGGAUACGUGGUCGUAUCUUGGUAACGAAUAACCACAAAUAUGCUUCUCAAGUACAAGUAUAGCGAAGUGGUCAGGCUAUAAUCAGUCUUUACUCGACUACGAUCCAACACGUCGGUUAUGUUGUCACUCAUCUAUCGUAGCCUUGCGAUUCUUCGUUUUCCGUGGUUUUAAGACAAAAAAAGUUUUGACGCGUCAAUCGAUUUGAAAAUCAAUUAACGAUCAAAUUCUAAGCAGAAGAAAGACAAAAUUAAGGACGUACGAAGUUCGAACGCGCACUAUGUGUUAGAUACAUCGUAAUAUUUUUCUCAUACUCCCAUAAAAACGAAAUUACAAAAAUUAUCAUCGAAAGAGUCUUUUGAAAAAGUUCCGUUAAUCACAGCGGCACUUACACAUCUGGGUUUCUAUAUUCUCAUGUUCCUGGGGUUUAUCAAUCAAUUAUUCUUUGUUCCGAAGGUUGCUACCGAAAAGAAUAGGCAGGGAUAUGCGCCGCUCUAUGACAAUUUUGAGAAAUUUUAUCUUAGAUACGUAUACAGGAGAGUCAAAGAUUGUUGGAAUAGGCCGAUAUGUUCUGUGCCCGGUGCAAUGGUGACAUUAAAGGAUCGGGUCACUAAUGAUUACGGAUGGACGUUUCAAUUUACUGGAACUGAAACGCAAUGUAUAAACUUGGGCUCUUACAAUUAUUUAGGGUUUGCCGAGGCGAGUGGUAAGUGUGCUGAGGAAAGCAUCGAAACGCUUAGGAAGUUCGGCUGUGCCACAUGCAGUACGCGUCUUGAAUUAGGGACUAUGCCGAUACAUGAUGAAUUAGAAAAAUUGACUGCGAAAUUUCUGGAAGUCGAAGACGCCAUAGUAUUUGGAAUGGGAUUUGCAACGAAUUCUUUAAACCUGCCGUCUUUGGUCAACGAGAGUUGUCUGGUUCUUAGUGAUGAAAAAAAUCACGCAUCGCUUAUACUUGGACUGAGGCUAUCUGGGGCAGUGAUACAGAUCUUCAAACAUAACAAUGUGAAACACUUGGAGGAAUGUUUGAAAAAGGCCAUUGUUUUCGGACAGCCAAAAACUGGCGAAUCUUGGAAAAAGAUAGUUAUCAUUGUCGAAGGCGUUUACUCUAUGGAGGGCUCAAUCGUUCAUCUGCCUGAAAUAGUAGAAUUAAAAAAAAAAUACAAAGCCUAUCUUUACGUGGAUGAAGCGCAUAGUACAGGUGCUAUGGGAAAGCGUGGGAGAGGAGUUUGCGAUUAUUACGGCGUCGAUCCGCGUGAAAUUGAUAUUCUCAUGGGAACGUUCACGAAAAGCUUUGCCUCGGCGGGUGGAUAUAUAGCUGGAACAAAAACAUUGAUAAAUCAUAUAAGGAUACAUAGUCACGCGCAUACAUAUGCGGCAUCGAUGUCUCCGCCGGUUACGCAACAAAUUAUCACGUCGAUGAGAAUCAUUAUGGGAGAAGAUGGCACCGAUGCCGGUGAAAAACGUAUCAAACAAUUAGCUAGGAAUACAAGAUAUUUUAGACGCAGAUUAAAUCAGAUCGGAGUUAUAAUCCAUGGAAAUGAGGAUUCGCCCGUUGUGCCUAUGCUAGUUUACCUAUAUUCUAAAAUUGCUGCAGUGAUCCGUACUCUGACGACGUGUAACAUCGCAACCGUCGGUGUUGGUUUCCCGGCAACGCCAUUAAUGCAAGGCAGAAUUAGAUUUUGUCUCUCUGCUGCGCACACAAAGGAACAGCUCGAUUAUGUACUAUCCCAUAUUGAAAAGAUCGCGGAUACAUUAGGAUUAAGAUACUCGAAAAAACCUCGUGUUACGACGAAAAUAGAAUAUUAUUCCGACAACGAAACGGAAUGACCUACCUCAUAAAGUAAUAAAUCGUUAAGCAAUUUAUUUCUGCGGAGAAUAAACUGAAAUAACCAAGAGCUUUAAAUGCCACAACAUAAAUGUAGAUACAAUGCAUUCGUUCGUAUAUUAAAUAAGAAGACUAUUACAAUUAUUACAACAAAAGCUCGUGCUUCUAUAAUGAUUCGAAAAAAUGCAAAUGUAUUGAUAUUUGUAGUAGUUCAUACGCUUGUAGCACAAUGAUAAUUGAUAUGUGAACAAACAAACUUGAUAUCAUCAAAUGCCUAUGUUAACAAAUUAUAUUGUACAUAUUGUUAACUUUAUUGUAUGCAAAUUCUCACAGUAUUCACAUACAUAGUUAAAGAAACAUUCAAUUCUAAGAUCACGUUAAAAUACAAAGAUUAAUAUCGCGAAUAGCAGAGCUUAUACACCAAAUUAUCUAUUUUGGCUACCUGAGUGCAAACAUAUCUUACAGUAUUGUAAAAUCACUAAUUUUCUUUGCUUAAGUUAACAUUCAUUUAUUGCACUUAUAUCAUGUUAUACAAUGAGAACAUCGAUAAACAAGAGCAUCUACAAGUCUGAAUAUGUAAUGAAUAAGUUCACAUAUUUUGUACUCCUUAUUAUAGUUAACCUUGAUUAUUCAUGUUUUUAUAUUAUUGGAAAACUGUUUAAAACGCGUUAUUAUUUUAAAAAAUGCAUUUGUACAAAAUCAAUUUUUGUGCAUAUUUGUUACAUUCCACAUAACUUAGCGCAGAUCAGUUUCAUUAUCGCUAUAGAAUAUAAUCAUUUCUGUUAACGUAACGUUGUUUGAUUGGGUCUAAUUAAAACAAUAAUUUCUAAGGCCCCUUGCACCAAUGUUAUUUUGGCUUUAGGUUUUAAACUAUAAGUUAACCAACGAUUUAAUUAAUGCUUAUUGACAAAAGUUUUAAGUCUUGCUUACAGCCAAAAUAACAUUGGUGCAACUGGGCCUAAGAGAACUGAUUAUUAUUAUAGAUUUCAAUAUUCGUUAAAAUUAAUAAGCAGAUUUCUCAGUCUUAAUUUAAGUAAAUGUCACAUAUCAAUACUAUUUUUAUCGCUAAGUGAACGUUAAUGUUUGUCUUUAAAAUAGCUUUUUAAAAUUUUGGUACUUGAUAUAUUUUUUUUAUAACAAGAAUUUUUUAUGUACAAACUUUAAAUGAAAGAUAAUACGUAACAUUGACGAUAAACAAUAUAACAAUAAAAAUAUCUCAAAUCAUUUUAUUGAAUCGCUUUCAAAUUUCAUUUUUAUUUUAUUAAAUAUACUGCCACCAUUAUGAUCUCUUAGUAUUUAUGAAAACACAUGAUGACACUGAUAAAUCAGAUGAUAUUAGAAUGUAACAUAAAAAUUUGCAUAAAAAAUUCAAUCAUAUUUGAAUCAUUACAUGAUUGUAAAAGAAAAAAUAAUUAGAUAUAAAGAGAAACAAGAAAAAUUAAUUAGAAGUUAUGCUUCUAAUUCUUAUACAUAAAUAUUCAAUACAAAAUAUGUCAAAUUUAUUGUAUCUUAUUAUUAGAUCUUGGACGCAAAUUCAAAUGAUUUGUGUGAAAUUAUUUGAAUAAUUUGAAAUAAAAAUGGAAAGGUUUUAACAUGUUCACAUUUCGAACAAAACCAAAAUUGUCAAAUUAUUUAAUUGAUUUACAAUAUCGAAAGAUGCGAUUGUUUGAAUAAGCAUCAAGAAAAAUUCGAACGAAAAUAGUAUUCACUGCAAACAGGAAUACUGGAUUUGUUUGUUUCUUUCUCAUCAUUAUGUUGCCUAAUUUCAUUUUGCUAUUUUACACAUAAAUUUAGAAUCAUAAAAUGUUCAGUUCUGCACAAUUCAAGGUUAAAGCUUAAAAUUGGAAUUGUUCAAUUAUCAGAAAAUACCGAGUGUUAGUUAUUAUCAUAUCAAAUUAUACAAAUAAAAAAAGCAUAACUGUAUAUAUUAAUAUCCCUAAACUUGAGUAAAAAGAAAUUUUAACAUUUUGUAUUUACAUAUGCAGAAUUACUUUAUAUCUUUUAUAAUUAAAAGUAGAAUUAAAUUUUGGCAUAGUAUCAUUAAAUAUAUAAAACAAACUAUCUAAAAGUAUCUUGUUAAACAAUUAAAGCAAUAAGUCUUUAUAUAACAUUUAAGUGCUUAUGCACAUAUACAUAUAUCAAACAUAUAUCUGUAUUUAAAAAAAAAUAAUAGAUUCGAUUCUAUUAUUAUUAUUUAUAUUAUCAGCUAAUUAGCCUCUGAUAACUCGAAAUAUUACUAUAAGCUUUUUAAGAACAUUCCAUCACCAUUUGCAAGUACAGAGAUAAUGCAUAUAAAUUUAGUAUAUCUUCAUUUAUAUAUGAAAUUUUUCCAAUUUCGAUAUGUAUUUAUAUAGCUAGUUUAAAUUAAGAAUUAAAGAUAAUUGAGAUACAGUUUAAAGUACAACUAGUUAAUUGAAACUACGAAAAUUCAAUGUGGUUACAAUAAAAGGACGGAGACCAUAAAUGUUGUAAUUAUUCUUAAAACGCUUCAGUUAUGCUAUUUUUACGUUUUCAAUUAAAUAAUUUAACAUGUGUAUUAAAUGUAUCCAAUACUUGAUACUGAAUGAAACUGUUUAUUAGCACAAACUGCAUUAUGUAAAUCACAUAUCAAUUUUACAUGUAUCUUGUAUUACACAUAAUCUAAUAGUAAUAAGAGAUUCUUGACAAUCCAAUAAAUUCAAAAUUCA